CUUUUCCGUCUUUAAUUCUUUAAAGUACAUUAUUUGAAAUUCCUGGUGUUUACGGUUUCCCUGAGAUUAUUUGCAAGGGAUACCCCCAAUCACUCAAAACCAGGAGUAUGGACGGACUGAGGUUCAUUUAUUAAUCCAAUCCCAAUAGUAAAAAUAUCCGUAAAUUUGUCUCAUACUUGCUGCCACAAAGAAUAAAGCUCGCCAAAGAGUGUUUCCAAAAAGCUUCCAGCGUUAUUGGAGCGAUGGCCAGAUCCUGUCUCCUCCGGCCGAGGAGGCGGGGUGAUCCUCUCCCCCGGUGAAGUAGGCUGGUGUUUUUGUUUUCAGCCGGUCGUGAUAGAGAUUGAAGGAAAUAAAUAUAUAUAUAAACUAGUAGUGGAGGACGGGCUUGGACAGACGUCAGCGCCCCCGAAUGUAUAAAUCUACCUUAUCCAACAGCAUCUUCUGGCAAGGAGGCGAUCCUGGGAGUGCGCACAUCUGUCCAAGAGUAAGGCUCCCAGAUCUGCAUCUGCCCUGCGGGCUCGUCCGACCUGCCAGACCAGGUAACACAAGAAGAGGUGGACAGGAGGCUGCGGAAAAGCUGGAUUCUCCCGAGGAGACAAAAAGCCACGCUAAUAACUUUUUGAACUGCUCAGGAUCUUGAGGCGUUACGAUUGUCCUGGCGAUCCCACUUCUCCAGUUUCGGAGAUCCUGGUUUCCUCGACUUGAUCCUCCGAACCGCACUCACCAAAAGACAGAACCAACAUUUUAAUCGGAGUUUCGGGGUUCCGCUCAUUGAAUAAGUUCGUCUGAUCGUGCUGCGCGCACUUGGAGCCCAGUCACUCCCGGGGGAACCAGCCAGUCGCUCCCAUGUACCUGGAGACCUACUGGAGGGAUCGCUUCUUUUUGCCGAGGCUGAAAACUGUUGGAUCCCAAGAGUGGCGUGAUAUUUCCACGGGACGUACUUACUUCUCCACGCAGCCAGCAUGGCCAAAUUAGCCUGCAGUUACUUAGACGAUUACCGCACUUGAUACUCAGACUUUACAGCUGUUCCCAACGCAAAGGCUUGGACCUUUCAAACGCGCAGCUUUUUGUUUUGCUUUUUUUGGCUACCGACUGCAAGUCUGUAUGGACCCAAGUGAAGGUUCUCUCAUAGGAAUUGAGUUUAAAAUGAAGUUAUGGGACCUGCUGGCUAUGUGCUUCUUGCUGCUCAGCACCGUUUCCACAAGCCCCCUCUUCCAAAGUUUGCGGUCAGACAAGCGGCUACGACCCCUGGCCCAAGCACUCAGCGUCCCGCCAGUGCUGCUGGAUGACGACGAGUCCGAAUCCACAUCGGAGACCCAAAACGAAGCCUCAGUGAGACUGCAGGAACGAUCCCUUCAGAAUCAGCAUGGGGGGUCCAGUCCUGACCCGGAGCAGCUUGGGUAUGUUCUGGACUUCAUUAAAGCCACCAUGAAGAGGCUGCGCCGGUCCACAGAUAGGGGGCGCAGGAGCGCCCGGGGGCAGAAGCGAGGCCGGCAGAAGGAGGGCAGAAAACACCGGCGCUGGGGCGGGAAUGGCGUCCGUGGGACCAAAAACGGGGGCUGCGUUCUGAAGCAGAUCCACCUAAAUGUGACGGACCUGGGACUGGGCUACCAGACCAAAGAGGAACUCAUAUUCAAGUACUGCAGCGGCCCCUGUGUCACGUCCGAGACCAACUACGACCGGAUCCUGAACAACCUCACCCAAAACAAGAGGCUGGAGCCGCACUCGCCGCCCAGGGCCUGCUGCCGGCCGGUGGCCUUCGACGACGACCUCUCCUUCCUGGACGACAACCUGGUGUACCAUACGCUCAGGAGACAUUCGGCCAAGAGGUGCGCCUGCGUCUGAAUCCGAGGACCACGUCGCUCUGACGCCGCGGCCUUCCGGUGACGGUUUCCCCGGGAACGACGCCCACAGACUGACCUCUGGCUGGGUCAGAGGCGCGGAGAGACCCCAGCCCACAGCAGCGUGUGCAUCCGAGGAGACACUGUGGCUAUGUGUCUGGGGAGAAGAGCAGAUCCUCUCUCCCCAAACCAGAUGUAGCUCGCGGGACAGCAUCUGGCCCAGUGGUGCUUCUGCAGACCUCCGCAGUUUACAGUCUGACGUUUCUGACACAAAGCUGGAGUCUCUCCAGAGACUUCAAACGGGGAGAAAAAGUGAAUUGCCGGUGCAAUGCAUCUACUCAGACUCAUAAGCAAAAAUGUGAAAAGUAUUUAUUGAGAUUGAAUUAACUUAUUGUUAUUUAUUACUGUUAAUUUUAUGGGAAAAGAAUAUAUAUUUUUCUUAUUUAUUUGAUUUUUGCUUUCCUCUGGUGCCAAAAAGAAGCUUUAACGUGUUGUAAUGACAGCAAGGCGAGAGAGAGAGACUGGAGCAACAACCACAGCGAAACAACUAAACACUACCAACCUUAAUCUGUUCGAAUUCUCAUUGUCUUCAAACCACUCAGGGCAUUAUAGUGUUAAGACUGACCGCUGGUCCCUGCUUCAAAGACUGACCCCUUUAACCCACCGACUGACUGCACGUACUGACUUCCGCCUACUUACGUCUGAAGCAUCUUCAGCUUCAGAGUACUGAUCAGCCUAUCGGCAAUGCUCCCUGCUAAGACGUGACCCUACAGCCUUCAGGUAGGACAAACGAAGACCAGCUUACAUUUAGCGUGCCCGCUUUACCCACUUGCUGGAAUUAUAUCCUACACAGGUGACUUUAGCCAAAUAUUUCCUUAACCAUAAAAUGUGGGAGGGGCCACGUAUACAAAAUCUGAAAAUAUGGGAUUAUCCCAGUUAUAUCUCAUUAUGUCUUUGCUUAACUAACCCUCUUGUCUAAAGUGAUGUGAAAUGUUCUCAUCUGGACUUGCGCUAAAGCCCACCAGAUUCAGCAAUUUGCUCAGAGGUCAAACAGCUUUUCCCUUGCUGGGAUAUGAACAGGAAAAUCCAUUCUUCAGGUCCGACUCUUCAUCCCUGAGCUGCCUGCCCAAUAUCCAUCUAACAGGAAGCAUUUUGAGACUGGAGAUUGGACCCCAGUACCCCAGUACUCUGCGGGGUGAACUUGAUGUUUCCAAGGAUUAAAUGUUUGUUUGUUUUUUUCCAUUUACUGGCUCUGUUACUCAUUUAUCUGUUUUUUGUAGUGACCAUUGUUUUAUUCAGAUUGUUUUAUUUCAGUUUUCUGAGUUUUCAUGGAUAUGCAAAUAGGAGAAAGCUGUAGGCAGAUAUUUAGUUUUUUUCCCAAGCGUUUCCAGACAGUAAGGGCCUGUUUGCUGGUUGCUGGGGGACAGUGCAGAAAACAGACUCAGAAACAGCAUUGUCUGAGACAUAGGUCAAAGUCAUUAAAGAAGGCAGGUAGGUGUUUUACAGCAAAUUAAAUACGUUUUAGAUAAAAGAGAAAAUAUAUGGUUUACACUGAUCACAUUAAGCAAGAGCAAUUUACGGGUAAUAUCAUUAAUCAAUCAAAGAAACACUCACUUAGUAGUUGACGGAUUACACACCUGAGUGUUCAUAGAAGCAAGACUGAAAAAAGACUCAAACCUACAACCUUCCCUGUCACCCUGAGGCCCUUGUGUGUACAAUGGACUGCUUGCUGUGGAGGUAAAGACAUGGACUCGGCAUUGACCUUGGCGCCGGCCCAGUCGUGCAGUGCUGUUGAAAAUAAACGUGUACUACUCGCAAA